AUGGAGGUUGGCGCGGUCGCUGAGGAAGAUGGAUGCGAGGAGAGGCCUUCGUCGUCGCGUGGUCGGGCCGAGGCGCCUUCUUCUUUUCGCGCUGGAGCGUCGCUAGAUGCGUGCGCUGAUGGGGCGGCACCGGCGAGUGCCAGCUCGCCGGCCUGCGCUUCGCCUGCUCAAAUUCGAGGGCCGCGGAACUGUGGAGUGGACCUCGAGGCAAGCGCGAGGGCGGCCAGCAACGGCGCAGAGAGCUCUGCGUCGCGCGAGCGUCGUACAGCGGGAAACUCAGCAUCCGGCAGCGCAGGCGACGCUGCGGCGCAGGCUGAGGAAUCUAGGGAGCCCGAGGCGACAGGCGGGAGUCAAAACGGGUCUACGCGUGAAGGCGGAGAGACUGGCCAGAGGCAAGGGGGUACAGAAGAACCUGGACAUGCGACAGUCGAAUCAGAUGUCCUUUACGUCGGAACAGAUUGUUUUUUUCUUGAACUGCCGGAUGGCGCUCUCGCCUGCGUCGCGGGCCUCGAGAAUCUGCCGCCGCCGCCGCCUGUGGACGAGACUGCCGCAGCAGGCCAGGCCCCUCCGCCUCUCGCGCGCAUUCAGUGCCACAGCUGUCUGCAGCUGCUCGAGUUCGACAGCCGUGCGCAGUUUGUUCAAUGCAGCAGCUGUCUGACGCUCAACGCAGUUCAGUCGCAGGCGACCAGCGGGCUCCGGGGCGGCAGGGCGAUGAUUGUCAUCUGCGGCAGAUGCAGCACGCGAAACAUCUCGUGUCUGGGCUCCCUCUACGUCGAGUGUUGGCAGUGCCGCACAGUGUGUCAAGUCGACUACCCCGUGGCGCGUGGAGGGCGGCUGUUGGUUCCCAUCGCUGGACGGCACUCCGAGGGCGGGCUUCGAGAAGGCGUUGCCGUGGAGAGCGGCAGUCGGCGCCGGCGGCUGUUGUCGCGGCGGUCUUUCCAUCGUCCGCGCAUCAGCUGGUUGCGGUCGCGGCGGCAAGGCAGCGCGGAGGCCAGCCUCGCGAGGAGUGCCUCGGCUGAGGCCGCCGAACUCGCGGCCGGUGCGGCUCCGGGACCGUCUCCGCGCUCGCCACCUUCGCACAGGAGGAUGCUGGGGCGCCCGUUCUCCUCUUUCUCCUCCGUUCGCUUGUCGCGGCACAGUUUUUUUUCGUCGAGGACGCCUUUCCUCCGCACUUCACUUCGGCAGCGCGCGACGCACCCCGGCAGGGCCUCAGGGGGCUCUCCUGUGCAGGCGAAUGACGGCGGACAUCCCUCUAGCGAGUCGGCUCACGCGCGGCGAGAAGGCGGCGAUGCUAAUGAAUUAGCAAGGCGAGAAGGUGACACCGGCGAGCCCCAGCAGGCCCCCGCGGCCUCCGAUGUGAGUCCGGGAAGAGUCGGCGACGCGCCUCACUGGCGCGCGACUUCCACCGGGUUUCGCGUGCGAGCCUCGCCUCGCUGCGUGCUUCGCCACAGGGUUGGAGGGGGAAGGAGUGCGCCCGGGGGCCGCCACGGCUCGAGGCUUAGCCCUCAGCCCGUUGCGGCGACGCAGGCGUCGAGCACGCCGCCAGACAACCUUUCGUCCGCAGCGGCGGAGGGAGUGAGGCCCGCCUGGGUGUCGCAGGGGGGGGGCGGGUCGCCUCAUCAUCCCGCGAUGCGGCCAGCUCUGCAAGCCGCAAGGCAAGCAAGCUUGACGCACUGCAGACAGUCAGAAGGCGUCGACUUGCGGAACCCGACGGCCUCCGGCAGCCCGCCGCAGCCCGCAGUUUCGGGCGCGGAAAACCUAGACGGCGGGCGGCAGGGGGGCGUUGCGAGGGAACGACCUGACGCCCGGGUCGCCGCCCAGGGCGAUGGCGAGGGGAUCAGGCCGCCGAGCGACAGCGGAGAUUUUAGCCGCGCCCUCACCAGAAGUGCGUCGCGGCCGGCGAGCGAUUCGGAGGCAGGCGUGCCGGUUUGGAGCUCGUCAGCACUCGCUGAGGUAGGCGCACGGGAGAGAGAUCUGAGAAUCGUAUCGGGGAACGGCGUGUCAGGACGCGCGGCUACCCUGGACGGGCCUGAAGGGGCCGAGGCUUUCUCGCGGCCUCACCGGAGCCUCGUUCCCCCGUGUCUCCCCUCCGCCCUGAGUACGCAGGGAUCGGAUUCACACGCACAGGCCUGUUUCCACCUAACGUGCAACGGCCAGACGCCCGCGCAGGCCUGGUCUUCCUCGUGCUAG